AUGGUGCCAACUUCCUCCAACCCCGCUAUCCACGCCUACAAGGUGUAUCAUCUCUCUCAAACCAAGCUCGACAAGGAAUGCAGACGCCAAACCCCAGACUUGCACCGCAUUGUUCUGCAUGCCUCGAUCGUCGACAACGUGCGCCGCUGGUCUCGCGACCUGGCCACUCCAUCCGAGACCGUGGUCGUUGACUCCGACUCGGACACGGACAGCGACCCCUUCGACGACUCGGCCUCUUCAGAAGAUGAAGCCGACGACGCCGUUGCCAUCUUUGACAUCGAAGUCGAUGACAACACCAUCAUCGAGGAGCAAACUCAGGCUUCGGGCAAAAUCACCUACCAAGUGCAACAUGUCGAGAAGCAGCAUUCCAAGUCCUCGCCGGCGGCCCCCAAACGCCGAGCUCCGGAGCCACCAAAGAAGCACGAGAUGAAGUCCCAAGCCUGGAAGCAGAACCGUCCCGUAACUGUGCGGGAGACGGCCAUCGAAGUGGACGGCGAAGAUUGA